UUUAUUGAAUACUCAUAAUAAGCUACAUUGCUCAAGAAUUAAAGGAAGAAUGUAUUUUUGCAAAAAACUCUCCCAAGCUUUCUGUCAUCCAUGUUCCACCGAAGGCCAAAUGAGGCCAUGUCGCGGGAAAUACAAUUUCGCGCCAAAUAUCCUUCGCUUUGUUGUCCUUUACAACCAUCUUGGAGCUAGGAAACUUUGCAGGGAUGUCGCAAAAUCCGGCCUCAUCAUAAGAGAAAUUGACCACUGAUCGUCGUCAAACUCACCACAACAGUUAUUGGGGUUCUAAGCCUGAUCUUUAAUCACUCAAACUGAAAUUUGCAAGUUUGGAAGUAACUUUUAUUGGAGCUUCAAUCUAGGUCACCGGACCGAGUCCAGCUUGGCCAUUUAAACCUGCGUAAACAACAAAGGACCCUCGCGUUGGAAGGAAGGCUGAGGCUAACAGCUGCGAUGCCGCGGGGUGGAAGAGCGACAAGUUUACUACACAGUAAACCUGCAGACAGCUCUUGUGGAUUUUUUGGCAAUUCUCGCAUUAUUUACCCGUCGCAACAGAGCGGAACGCAAACAACUGUUGUACACAUAAAACAAGAAGUGGACAAUCAGUGGACUAGCCCCACACAGCAAGGGUUCACGCCCCACGGGCCAGGGUUUUUAGAGGACCCCCAGCUUGGUAGAUUGCAGGUGAAAAGGAAGCUGGACCUGGAUGCUGUGACAGAUAACGACAUCUUCAAAACCCCCAAAUCAAAGAAAUACUGCAGUCCUAAAGCCAAAUCCCCGCUGGAGAAGACGAGAUACGAUACAUCCCUGGGUCUCCUCACCAAGAAGUUUGUAGGCCUGCUAAAGGCAGCUCCUGAUGGGAUUCUUGACCUGAACAAGGCAGCAGAAAGAUUAGAUGUACAGAAAAGAAGGAUUUAUGACAUCACAAAUGUUUUGGAAGGAAUCAACCUCAUCAAUAAAAAGUCUAAAAAUAAUAUUCAGUGGAAGGGUUCAUUAGAAACCGUCAGUGACAGAAGCGAUUGUUUGUCUGCAGAACAUAUUGACCUACAUUCAGAUGUGGCAGAUCUGGAAGCCAAGGAGAACCUGCUUGAUGAGCUGAUCAAGGCAAGCACCUUGCAGUUGAAACACCUGACGGAAGACAGAGAGAUCUCUAGGUUAGCAUAUGUCACGUAUCAGGACAUCCGAGGCGUGGAAUCCUUCAAGGAUCAGACAGUCGUAGCUAUCAAGGCGCCACCACAGACACGGUUAGAGGUACCUGACCCAGCACAAAACAUUCAGAUUUGGCUAAAGAGUUCCAAAGGUCCCAUAGAGGUGUAUCUCUGUCCCGAAGAGACGUCGGCCAAGGAUGAGAAAAAAUCUAAAAAUCUCACUCAUAAGCAGAGCAGUACGACCAGUGCCAGUAACAUUACUGGAAAUAUGAACAAUAAUGCUACUGUCACCAGCAACAGUAGAAGGGUUGUCAGCAGGACUGAUACACCCUCUUCAGUUUCGUCUUCGUCCUCGUCAUCAGUUUUCUCGUCAGAGGAGUCUAAUUCCAGGGACAGUUUUCAAGGGGACCCAACUCUCAAACACGCACUUCUUGAUGACCAAGACAUCUCCCCAGAUGCUGAGGGACAGAGCUUACUUCAGCAGACGGAGGACCAGCACUUUGAUGUCCCUUUUGUGUGUUUAGAACCUCCUCUCUCAGAAGAGGACUACAUGUUCAGUUUAGAAGACAGCGAGGGCAUCUCAGACUUAUUUGAUGUGUAUGAUCUGCAGUUUUAAUCCUCUUUUUCCAACUUCUUUUCCCUGAAGAAGUCCCUGUGCUCAAUAUUGAGGGCAACCAGACAAUUUGCCUCCUAUCUGUGACGAUUUGUUAGAAGUAAUGUAAGGUUUGUUUCUUUAUUUUUGUUUUUGAGAACAUUGUCCCCUUGGCUUGGUUAAUUUUUAAAAUUUUUUAGCUAAGUACUUUGAGACAUAAAAUUUUCAUUUUUUUUUUUUUUUGUACCCAGGGCUAAUUAUGGGGUAUAGUAGUUUUAAUCAGCCUGUGACAGAACUGCUACAUAAUAAACAAGUUGGGAUUUAUGAUAUAAAUUUGCAGAAUUGACAUUUGUGUUUUUGUAUUUAAUUGUUGUGUAUUUAUAAUUCAAGGCUGUGUGCUCAACCCUUGUGUCAUGUCUUAGUUUGUUUUGUGUAGAUUUUCACAAAUGUUUGGUUAUCUUCUUGUGUUGAGUUUUUGUUGCAACGUGAUUAAGUGUCUUUUGCCCUCCUUUCAAAUUCUUUUAAUAUAACUGAUAUGUUCUUUCAAAUUUUAAUUUUGUUGGAAGUACUCUUGUAUAUGAGCACUAAAAAUGGAUGCCUAGCAUUUUUUUCUUUCAUUUCAUAAGGAUAAUGAAAACAUGUCAUAAACUUUUAAGGAAGUAAUUGCUAACAAGGUCAGUGUACUGACAACAUGUAAAUGGCAUUAUCAGCACUUUGCCCCAAUCUUAGCCUUACGCUUGCAUUCAGUCAAGAAAAGUAGCUAAUAAGCAUUCAGUUUUUAUCUAUUAAUUUAUAUGUUUGUUAUUAGUAUUUUCCUCUGGUAAGUUUAGUCCAAGUGAAUUUCUUUGUCAUUUUUUCUUUUAAUAGUCAAAUCUUGGCUCUAACCAUACAGAGAUCAAAUCUUUGUUCCUUGGCAGCAGCUGUAAAACAAGUAACUAUGUUAUUAUAUAUGUAUAUAAUAUA